AGCUGGAGGGCAGAGGAGGCGGGUUCGUGUUUCCCGGGCCGAACCGGGCUGCGGGGGGUGCGGGGCCUGGCCCCGGGCUAUAGCUCAAGUCCCGCGGGGCCAGUAUGGCGCGCCGGUCCUGUCCUCGCCAUGAGGCCGCAGCAGGCGCCGGUGUCCGGGAAGGUGUUCAUUCAGCGAGACUACAGCAGCGGCACACGGUGCCAGUUCCAGACCAAGUUCCCCGCGGAGCUGGAGAACCGGAUUGAUAGGCAGCAGUUUGAAGAAACAGUUCGAACUCUAAAUAACCUUUAUGCAGAAGCAGAGAAGCUUGGAGGCCAGUCGUAUCUUGAAGGCUGUUUGGCUUGUUUAACGGCUUAUACCAUCUUCUUAUGCAUGGAGACUCAUUACGAGAAGGUUCUGAAGAAAGUGUCCAAAUACAUUCAAGAGCAGAAUGAGAAGAUCUAUGCUCCCCAAGGCCUCCUCCUGACAGAUCCCAUUGAGAGAGGACUUCGAGUUAUUGAAAUCACCAUUUAUGAAGACAGAGGCAUGAGCAGUGGAAGAUAAACCGUAGAAUUAAAGAUCCCACCUCCAGCUGGGACCCUCAUCUAUCCACUGGCCAAUCGCAGAGUGUCCCCUACCUCCUCUCCAGAGCAUCAUUCCUUUGUAUCUGCUGCCAGAGCCACGGUGCCAUAUACUCCAAGGACUAACUUUCUAAAAUUCCACACGUGGAGUGACCUCUAGUCGCUCAGCAUCCACUUUGUGUCUCCAAAUUGUUUAGGACUCUGUAAUCUUUUGAUUCAUUUCUGAGAAAACACAAUGAAGUGUGUCACUUUUUUUAUUCAAAGCCAUUAAUAAAAGAUGCCGUUGGUUAGCCCAACACAAAGUUUAUUUCUUAUCUGCCAACCAGUACCAGUGGUUCUCUUCAUUCCUUGGGCCAGCUUCCCAGGUAGCUCUAGACUUCAACAAGUCAUAUCUUAGCCAGUGUUCACUCUUCUUUCCCCCAAAUUAAUAAAAUGCUUUCCUCCCAGAUUUUGGCAAAAGGUAGGCUGUGUCUAUGGUUUUGCUAAUGCAUCUCCCACAUUUCAAAGAACUACCAGUUUUGCCAUGGCUAAACUCUUAAAGAUCUGUUUCUGCUGUUCAGUUUCUCAAACUGAAACUCAUUGGAAAAAUAAUGUAUAAUGUUAUUUGUUUUAUUAUAGCAAUUAUUCCUAAUUAAAGCAGUAUUUAAUGCAAUUUCCAGUUAUUUUUCUUUGGAGAAUUUUAUUAUUGCAUUACCUUGAAUGUUGGGAAGAUGUAGUAUGUGUUGCGUGUUCCUUACAAAAAAUAAGUAAGCACAAUAAAGUGGAUGCUAAACCAUCAAACAUAAAUGUCCCUGCUGUGUCCCUGAAUGUGUAAUAAGCAAGUAUAAUAAAUAUUUUAAUUAUAGUUUUGUUAUAAAUAUAACUUAUGAGAAAAAAAUUUGAUAGGAAUAAUACUGUAUAUUGCUAAUUUUUAACUAUCCCUACUGGCAAACCUUAUGAUUCAUAGACUUUCCUCAUAUACAGUAUUCAGUGCACAGAAAUCUUAUGAUUGGUUCAAGUACAGUAAGUUCAGUGAUUUCCAACUAAAAUUCUCACAUCUGAGUCAGUGUUUCUAGUUCUUUUGGCUGUAUGUUCUUAGUAUCAGGGUUUCUUAUGCCCUUCAUUCAUCUUUGGGGUUUGAGAGCACUGUUUUUGGGAAAAAGUUCAGAAAUAUAUUAGGAAAGAAUGAAACCGUUAAAAGUUUUACUUGCAGAGAUACUGUAGGUGCUAAUACUGGAUUUAAAUCUUUCAGAUUUAGUUUCUUUUAUGGAUCUUUUAUUCAGUAAAUCCCAUCGGUCUGUGUAAUAUUUUAAUUGUAUAAAACUCCUUUGUUACUUUAUAGCCUGUAAUAAUGUGUCUGUCUGCCUUUUAAACCUGUUGCAAUAACUUUGCUGAAAUAACUCAUUAGUAAAACUUUUCUUAAACAAA